AUGGUAUUCAAUAGCUUUGGCGGACAUGACACUCCAGGAAGCGAUCUCUCCGUUGCAGCAGCUGCCACGUCUGCCGUCGCCUCCCUCUUCUCCGCCGCCUGCGACGUCGCACAUCGCUUGCAAGCAAGUAACUCCCACGCGUGCGACAGACCGAGCGACGCUUCUGUGGACCACGCCACUGCGUCGCCCGAACAAAACACUGUGACACACGAUUGUAACGCGUCGCCGAUGGAGAUUAUUCCACUUACUGGAUCUGGAAACGCGUGCAUUCAACUGGGGCUCGGUGUCGGUGGAGCAAGCGCGAGCUUCUAUCAGCGGCUCGGUUCUGGAACCGGCCGGCUCGUCGCUGCGGCUGUAGCGGCGUCGACUCGCGCCGCAGGCCCGCUUGUCGCGUCGCACAUUGCCCACCGCGUCGUCUGGCUACAGCCGGCGAAAGGUCUCCUACAGCCGCCGGCUGCGGCUGUAACGUCGGCAGUCGCCGGCCCAGCAGGGCCGGGAUUGGGUACGCUGCCCGUUGGAGUCGCACGACUGCCGAUCGCCUUGCGACAGUCUGCGAUCGGCGGACUUCUGUCGCUGAGCGCGGUGGCGUUAGGGGCACUGGGGUGGGCGAGGGCGUGCUCGGCGGAAGACGAUCGCAGCGGAGCGCGGCCGGGGGAGCGCGGGGAUGGUUCGGGGGAGGAAUCCGCGCUAGGUCAAGGCGCGGGGGAGGAUGAAGCGGAGGCGGUGCUUUCGCAAGUGGCGUCUGUGGCGGAAGGGCGGAAGCGGCCUCGUGAGACAGAUGGCGACAGUGUGCCGCACGCGUGCGUGGCGACGGUGGUGGCGGGCGCGGAGAGGGGCAUGGUGGUGGAACCGAAGACAAAGCACUCCUUCCCCGUCGUGCUGCGGCAAGACGGGCAGGCAGGCGGGCUGUUGGCAGGGGUGGGCAUCAGAAACACGGUCAUUGCAAGAAUUAAAUCCAUCAAGAUAUACGCCUUCGGCCUCUACGUGAGUCCAUCCAGCCUGGGCGGGGACGAGCACCUCAAGGCCAAGUAUGGCGCCAUGCCCCUGGACGAGCUGCGAGUCAGCCAGGAGUUUUACGACGACCUGCUCAGUCGUGACAUCGGCAUGACGGUGCGCCUGGUGCUGCACUACAGAGGGCUUAACAUGAAGAUGGUGCGCAAUGCACUCAAUACGUCCCUCUCCAAUCGCCUCACCAAGCUGCUGGGCCAUGCGGACGACCCAGGCUUCCACGCACUCAACGAGUACCUCUCACUGCCACACCAAGUCAAGAGGGGCACCACCAUCGAUUUCACAUGGCAGCCAGGAGGAACACUGCUCACUGAGAUUGACGGGAGGCGCAUGGACCCAAUAGUCAGCGCUCCUCUAUGCAGAGCCUUCUUUGAUUUGUACAUCGGCCAUCCGCCUGUGUGCGAGAAGGCUAAGCAGCGGAUUGGGGAGGGCAUAGGACGGAUGAUCGCCACAUGCUAA